GCCACACCGUACAAUCUCAAAUUCUUCUUACCAAUAUCAUAUAAACAUGGUUCUCAUAUUUGAAGACUCUCACGACACCGUACAAACAAUCCGAUACGCGGUCGGCGACAAUCCAGCAUUGCAGCACGAGAAAGCGUACAUCCUGAACUAUGAUACACCACCAGGCGUUCCAAAGAGCAAUUUCGUCAUCGACUACUACCCAGGAAUCAAGAUUCGCAACCUGCGAACGGCGGGACUGAGUUUCCAGACAAAUGGCAUAAUGAUGACUGAGCUCGAUGGCUGUAUGCCGAGGGCCGAUUUUGACGACGAACACAAGGUAGAGGACUUCUACCUCCCCCAAGUACAUGCGGCUCUUCGGAAAGCAUUAGGUGCCGAUGAGGUGUACAUAUUUGAUUACAUGAUCCGGAAGCGCGCCGCGGCUUUCCCGUUCCAACCAAAAGGAAAAGAUAGAGCUCCUCAGCCUGCGCUAUCUGCCCACAUCGAUUAUACCACAAACGAGAUCAAGGGAAGAGUAGAGAAAUACUUCAAAAGCCGAUCGGAAGAAUUCAAAAGCCGUCAUUUCCAGAUCGUCAAGUGAGUCCUCCUGUUUCCACUUCUUUUAGUAGCCCUCACUGACCUGUUAUACAGCGCCUGGAAGCCCUUGCACGGUCCACUGCGAGACUACCCAAUGGCGUACUGCGACGCGAAUACGAUGGAUCCCGCAACAGAUCUCCUGUGCGUGGAUGAAGUGUUCCCAACCGUCGCCAACGAGGUGUAUCAAGUGUUGCAUAACCCGAGGCAUAGUUGGUAUUA